UGGCUUCCCUCGCCACAUGAUAGGACACCAUAGAGAUAAGAGAGACGUCUGUAGAAGGCCUAAGAACCAAAAGAAAACAGGAAGUUGUCGUCUGGGGCAUACCAGAAGUGAUCAGUUUCUCUCUCCCCACCCCGAAGUUGUUUUGGUAGAUGCCGGAAGAGAAGGCCCCGGCUUACGGCGAGGGUCCAAGAUGGCGGAGGUGGAGGAAGUGACCGAGGGGUGUCGCCUCCCCGUGCUGCGCCGUAACCAGGACAACGAAGACGAGUGGCCACUGGCUGAAAUCCUCAGCGUCAAGGACAUCAGUGGCCGGAAACUUUUCUACGUUCAUUACAUUGACUUUAACAAGCGCCUGGACGAAUGGGUGACCCACGACCGGCUGGACCUGAAGAAGAUACAGUUCCCUAAAAAGGAGGCCAAGACUCCCACCAAGAAUGGGCUGCCUGGAUCACGGCCCAGCUCUCCAGAUCGUGAUGUGAGGAAGACCUUGGAUCUGUCUCUACAACCAGCCGCAACUCCAUCCAGCGGUAAAACUCUGCCCAUCCCGGUGCAGAUAACCCUCCGUUUUAACCUACCUAAAGAGAGGGAGGCCGUCCCCGGCUCGCCCGACCAACCCCUCUCCUCCAGCUCCUGCGUCCAGCCAAACCAUCGCUCAACGAAACGGAAAGUGGAGGUGGUUUCUCCAGCAACCCCCAUCCCCGCUCCAACCGAGACGACGCAGGCAUCGGUGUUCCCCCAAAACGGCUCUGCACGGCGAGCGGUGGCUGCCCAGCCUGGCCGGAAGAGAAAAUCCAACUGCCUUGGAACAGAUGAGGACUCCCAGGACAGCUCAGACGGCAUCCCCUCAGCCCCGCGCAUGACAGGCAGCCUGGUCUCGGACCGCAGCCACGACGACAUCAUCACGCGCAUGAAGAACAUUGAGUGCAUUGAGCUGGGGCGGCACCGCUUGAAGCCGUGGUACUUCUCGCCCUACCCGCAGGAGCUCACCACCCUCCCCGUCCUCUACCUCUGCGAGUUUUGCCUUAAGUACGUCAAGAGCCUCAAAUGUCUCCAGAGGCAUCUGACGAAGUGUGAUUUGCGGCAUCCCCCAGGAAACGAAAUCUACCGCAAGGGGACGAUCUCCUUCUUUGAGAUCGAUGGGCGGAAGAACAAGAGCUACUCGCAAAACCUCUGCCUCCUGGCCAAGUGCUUCCUGGACCACAAGACCCUCUACUACGACACAGAUCCCUUCCUCUUCUAUGUCAUGACAGAGUACGACAGCAAAGGGUUCCACAUUGUCGGCUACUUCUCUAAGGAGAAGGAAUCCACAGAGGACUACAACGUGGCCUGUAUCCUGACUCUGCCCCCUUACCAGAGGCGUGGCUAUGGCAAGUUGCUGAUUGAAUUCAGCUACGAGCUCUCCAAGGUGGAAGGGAAGACGGGCACUCCGGAGAAGCCUCUCUCAGACUUGGGGCUCCUGUCCUACCGCAGCUACUGGUCCCAGACCAUCCUCGAGAUCCUCAUGAACCUCAAAUCAGAGACCGGAGAGCGUCCGCAGAUCACCAUCAACGAGAUCAGCGAAAUCACGAGCAUCAAGAAGGAAGACGUCAUCUCCACGUUGCAAUACCUCAACCUCAUCAACUACUACAAGGGCCAGUAUAUCUUGACACUCUCAGAGGACAUAGUGGAUGGACACGAGCGUGCCAUGCUGAAGCGAAUCCUCCGUAUCGACUCCAAGUGUCUGCACUUCACGCCAAAGGACUGGAGCAAGAGAGGAAAGUGGUGAGGGCAAAGAGCUGCCCACGUUGACUAGGGAAUGGAUGCUUGUAGGCCGUUCACCCUCCUCUUCCUCCCAUUCUCUGACGGUGAGGAUCAGGCAAGGGUGCCCGUGCGCGCUUUCAAAGACUGUUUCCAGCCAGCUUUCAAAGACAGGCAUUGUUGGCCUGCCAGACCUCUUGAGGGGGAAAAUCUGGGCCCCGUGUGCCUUGGACUUGCCUGGCUGUUUGUAUAUAGGACUUUUGUGGAUCCCUCGUUGAAUUGAGCCGUUGUGUACAGAUGCUGAUAAAGCACAGACGAAGCGACCCAACCUGCUCUCCUUUGGGACUGGAUUAUUUAUUUAUAAAAACCACCACCAAGAAUCAAAGGCUGGAGCCUGCCUCCUUGAGUGACAAAGACAUUUCAUGGGGGCUACUCCCCCCCCCCGGGUAUCUAUAUAUCAGCUGCAGGAAGAGAAAGCAUUUCUGCUGCCCUCUUUCCAGAGGGAAGUUGUGCUGUGCAGUCUCAGACAAGAGAAGCCGCCGGGCCAGCUCCACAAGCCCCUCUAUGACCAGAUCUCUGAGCCUGCGGUGCCAUUCACAGGGGUGAAGGUGCGGAAAGGAGGGAGAAUUGUUCCGGAGUAGCAGGCGGCGUGAGGACUUCUCGCUUUCUCGCCCCCUUUCCCAAGGGUCUUCGUGAGCCAGAGGAGGAGGAGCCUUAAAACAAAAAAGCAAACCCCACCCAACUUCUGUGCUCAGAAUAAAUUAACAAAAUGGUUUUUAAA